AUGUUUUACGAUUUGAAUUUACCUUAUCCUACGCAGCCGGAUAUGGCUUACCAACAGACUGAAUUUCGUAAAAGAAUAAGUCCAAUUCGCAAAUUAGAAAUUGAUAACUUACCUUCAGGCUUACCACCAAAGAUCGAACAAUUGACACGCGUCACAGUUGUGAUAGAAGAUGCAAGUCAGAAUUAUGGAUUGACAUCUGCAAAUAGCGCAACCUCAUCUUAUGAUAUUGUUGCAGUUCAACCAACUAGUGAAAAGAUAUUCCAAAAUGCUUGUGGUACUUAUGAAAUAGAUAUCAUAUCACUUGAGAUGGGAUCACGUCUGCCAUUUUACAUAAAACAUGGACCUGUCGGAUUAGCAAUUGAACGUGGCAUAUAUUUUGAGAUUUGUUACGCUCCUGCGAUAAGAGAUGCCGCAUCGCGUCGACAUCUUAUAACUAACGCUCAGAAUUUGGUUAGAGUAACACGUGGAAAAAAUAUAAUAAUUACCAGCGAAGCGCAAAGAGCAAUGGAAUUACGUGGUCCAUAUGACAUUGUCAACUUAGGCACGAUAAUGGGGAUAAAUCAAGCAAUGGCAAAAGAAUGUAUAUCAACAAACUGUCGCGCUGUAGUCAUGCAUGCGACAACGCGUAGAAAUACACAUCGUGCAGUUAUCUCUUUUGAACCUAUUUCUUCAUUAAAACAAAAUGAGAUGUGGAAGAUUGGGCACGAUGAGAAAGUUCUUACCGAAAAAAUGGAUUUUAAAGGCAUAUCGAAACGAGUUCGUUUAAGCAAUGAUGAUGAAAAUGAAGUUGAACAAUUGCAGGAUAUGGAAAUAUGA